AUGGUUCUACCUGGCGACUACCUUGGUUUCCACGCCCAUCGUACUCGCCCAGGUCGGAACUAUCCUGGAUCUUCCCCAAUGUGGUGUGAGGGCAGCCUGAAUGCUAUUCUUCGGUUUCAGGGGACGUAUGCUAACGAGUAUUCUUUAUUCCAGCAACAAGCAAUCUUAGAGGCGAUCCAAGAGUCUGGCUGCCCUUUGACUGAUAUCGAAUGCAUCUGCAAGAAUACGGAAUUUGUGAGCGAAUUGGUAGGACUGAUUCCACAGCUGUGCAGUCAGGAAGACAGCGCUGUGACGGCCGAGGGCGCCCAAGGGAUUUGCAUGGCGUAUGGAGUAGAAUUGAGUCUCCCCGAUCUUUCUGGUACCCCGAAUUCGACCAGCAUCACCACGGCGGCAUCUGGCACAUCCGAGACCAACACACCCACACCGGCAACUUCUAGUGCUAUUGUCUCAACUCAAAGUACUGUCUCUGAUAGCGGUAGCACUAGUGCUCCAGCGAGCUCUACCAUCCCUUCCUCGAGCCCCACGGAGGCAGUCGAAACCUCGGUUGAAAGCUCGGCAGCAGCAGAGACAAGUAACAGAGCCGUGGCAAAUACUGUUGGACUGUCGAGCUUGGUCGGAGUGGUCCUCCUGGGGUUGACAGCGGUCUUAUGA